GGAGACUACGACAGUCGCGGUUCGCUUCAGGCUCACAUUGAUUCUCAGAAUCUACGAUUUGGCACCUGUCUUGGCGCGAUGUUUGGUUUACGGAGAAGUGGCAUCUUCCAACCUCAGGAAAUUUUGCUCAGUCAUUGGAUCGAACUCCAGAAGGUACAGCUUGGGCCGCACUUGCCUCCACAAAUCUCCCUUUACGAACUAGGACCACCGGAAAGCGC